AUGCACGAGAUCUGCUUUGAAGACAUUCUGCCGCCGUCGCAGUGGGUCUCCAAGAAGGAGCGGUACCGCUGCGACGCGUGCUCCAAAAAAUUCCACAACCUCUUCCGCCGCCGCCACCACUGCCGCCUCGUACGUCGCCACCAUCGUCGUCUCCUCGUCCUUAGCAACUAUGACUUAGUGUGGGCAGCUCUUCUGCAAGGAUGCAUCUUGCAUAAGCUCGUGCAUCUCUCGCCUGAGCGACACAUGCCCAUCAAGACGUGCGCCACGUGUGCGUUCGAGGGCCCGCCCGAGCGCAAAGCCGCCGCCGUCUCGCAUCUCUCGUACACGGUCGACUCGGACCGGUUCACGACCGACUUGGGCUCCGACGACCUCUUGCUGUUUUCGCCCUUGGUCGACGAUGGACUACCCAGCAUCGAGUACGCACUGCACCGCGACCGUGGUGCGUCGCUCGACGAGAUGGACGUUGACGAGGCUGCCGAGAAGGCCAACGAAGCCGAUCGGCUCGAAGCGCUCCAGGCGUACAACGUGCUCUACUCGCCGCCGGACGAGACGUUCAACAUCUGGUGCGACCUCGCCGCCAACACGAUGGAGUGCCCGAUCGCGGUCGUGAGUUUUAUGGACAAGGAUCGGCAGUGGUUCAAAGCCAAGCUUGGGCUCGCCAAGACGUCAGUGCCGCGCCAGCUCGCGUUCUGCGAAGCAGUGGUCACGUCGGGGCGGCCACAAGCCGUGCUCAACGCCGCGCUGGACCCGCGCUUUGAGCGCAGCCCGCUCGUCGAGAGCGGUGUUUGCUUCUACGCCGGCGCGCCGCUCACGACACCAGCAGGCCACGUCAUUGGGACGCUUGCCGUGUUUGAUAUGGCACCACGCACUGAGUGCGAGAAGCUCGGGAGCUUAGAGAACCUCGCGCAGAGCAUCAUGAAGGACAUGGAGGAGCGCCGGAUCUUCGAGUUGCGCUACCGGCAUCGGCGGCGGCGCCAAGCGGCGUCGUUCGACGACCGAUCGUUGAUCAAGUCGACCACGCCAGCGCCGUCGGUACGGCUCACGCCGGACUUUGGCCCGGCGCCGUCACUGGGUCCGAUGCCGCCGACGCUGGACUUGCUGCCGCCCGAGAUGGACCCGUCACGCAAUGUCCCCGCGACCACCGAGUCGGUCAUUAUCGAUGCCAACGUGGUCGAGACCGACGGGAAGAUGCAAGACAUGCUGCUCGAUUUGCUCUGCAAGACGACCGAGACCCAGCAGCAUUUGGCGUCGCAACAAGGGUCGAUGUUUGCGACGCUUGGUCACCACACGGAGCAAAUUGACCGGCUCGCACAGGCCGUCAAGCGCAUGGAGUCCAAGCUCUGCCCGCUCUAA